AUGGCGAAAGGAAAAACACCCAAGUCAUGGGCAGAACAGCUGGCAGAUCUAGAAAAUCCUGCGCCAAAAGACCUUGAUCCAGAGGACGAUGCUGGGCAAUUCGAGGAGGAUAAUGGCUCGGAUUCAGCUGGCGACGACAAGCACAUAGCUGAGGCUCGCGAACAUUACAUUGAUGUCGGGGAGAGCAAAAUUCGAAACCCAAACCGCAUUGACUUAGGGCCUCAGUAUACAGGUGCGAGCGUCAGUCGAGAUGCUCUUCUCGAAGCGGAAGAUGAUGACAACCCAUUCGGCAGCCAUAGCGAGCAGGAGGAGUCCGAAAGUGCUGAAUACGCGGACCCGGACGAAGACCUAGACAAGCAGCAAUCGGAUGCUGAUGAAGAGAUUGAUAGCGAUGAAGCGUUUGAGAGUGGGGAUGAGGAAAAGUUCACAAAGUUCACAUUUAGAGACAGUGGGACAUGGAGAGCAGAUGGGAAAGAGGAUGGAGCAGAUGAUUUAGAAGAUGGAGGUACUGAAGAUGAAGACAUGGAGGAUGAAAUCAACGGCCUAGAGAACGCUGUAGACGAGGAGGAUGGUGACUCAGACGACGUCGAAAUGGAUGAUGAGGACGGUACAGAUGGUGACAGCGACGACACCAGCAUCAGCGAUGGCCCCCCAGAGCCGAAAGCAGACGAUCGAGCAACUCUCCGCAAGAUGAUGGCCGAGGAGCAAAAGACAGUAGCAGCAUCCCUCUCCGAAGCCGCAAAAGCAGACGUAACGAAAGGCCGAGCCGUCAAACACCAGCGUAACACCUUCGACUCUCUGCUCAAUACACGUAUCAAGCUUCAAAAAGCGCUCAUAGCCACGAACUCCAUGGACACCUCCGCUACUGGAUCGAAUGACCACCCUAAAGCCAUUGAAGCGGCCGAAAAGGCCGCACUAAGGUUAUGGGACACUCUCUCUGAGCUCCGCUCCUCACUCCAACCUUCCACCUCUGAGGUUCUUUCCUCCAUCAUCACGACUUCCUCGACCCAUUCCAGACUCUCUUCAACCCUCUGGAAAAGGAUGCAAGAAUACGAAGCCGUCAACAUCCCCAAGCGCCGCGCUACUCUAACCAAAUGGUCUCAAAAGACCAAUCCCACCACCGCCCUUCCACGCGCCAACAAAUUCUCCCAAACACCCUCCCAACAACCCCUUACAAGCGUCCUGGAUCAGCACCUUUCGGCCACAAAUGCUGAAAAACUAGUGGCGAAGACGCAAGUACCACGAAGCUGUGCCCCCAUCCAAGCCGCUUCCCGCACCCUGUCCGACCCGACCAUCUACGAUGACGCAGAUUUUUACACGCUUCUGCUCCGCGAACUCGUGGAUCAACGCAUGACCGAUGCCACCACCACCGGCGCUGCACCCCUUGCCGCCAUCACUUCCGACGGGACGUUCUUGCCGAGCAGUAGACAAUUCAAAAUCAAGAAACCCGUCGAUACAAAAGCGAGCAAGGGCCGGAAAAUGCGCUAUACAGUCCAUGAGAAGCUGCAGAAUUUCAUGGCGCCGGAGGAUUUAGGAAGCUGGGGGGAGAGGCAGAGGGGGGAGUUGUUUGGGAGUUUGUUUGGGAGGAAUGUGCGGUUGGCUGAGGAUGAGGCGGUUGAUGCCGAGGAGAUGGAGGGUGAGGACGAGGAUGGGGCGGGAAUGGAGGGUGGAGUUGGGUUGAAGUUGUUUGGGUAG